UUAUUAUGAUGAUUUAUUUGCUCCUUAAAGUCAUGGUAGAGGACAGAUUAGACUUAUUUAUAAUUAUCGCGUAUGUUUUACAAUACUUUACAUUUGUGCUACAACGUACAAACAGCUUGCAUUCUUUUCAGUCAUAAUAUCUCGGCACAAAAUUGACAUAUAAUUGGUUUUAUCAUAAACUUUGACUCUUCUGUCGCACACGGUUUAAAUUUUGGUUGGUAGUUGUUAUACAGCAGAAAUAAAAUGAGUAGUAGGAAUUCUACGCCGAUCCACGUUUCUUCUUCUUCUCGUCCGUUUGGGUUAUCAGCAGUCGCCACCCUCAUCAAUAGGGGCUGGAUCCGGUUGACAGCAUUCCGGCAGUGGUCCAGGGAAGAGUCCUGAUUAAUGAGUGAAAUUAAUUAGAAAUUAAGUUAAUUCUUAAUUUGGCAUAAUUACCCAUCUCAUUCCCACAACAUCCCCCCUUCGGUGGGCAGCAUCUCGGUAUCGGUGGGCAAUUGUCGCCAUCAUCCUCCCUCGGCGGUGGAUCCUUUUCGUACCCACACGCAAAAUUUCCGCAAUCUUGAAACAUUUCGUCAUAAACUUCGGCGGGGAUGCAUUGUCCGACACACUUCUCAAAGUGGAAAGGAUUGUAGUCAUUUCGAUACGUAGUCCUAUCAGCAAACUUGGCGUCGGAGAAUUUAGCCUUAUUGCUGGGUUUUAGGCUUCUUCGUUUGGCGCAGCAUUUUGGCCAGAAAUCUAAAAAAGAGGAAAUUUAAGAAUUCUGAAUUCUUAAACCGGGAUAUUUAUAGUUUCUUUGUCUGUCUCUCUCUCGUUAAUCUGAUUAUUCUUUAUCUAUAAAAUUCUCACUGCAAAACCGCUACAUUUUAUAAUGAUUAGCGACAAUGAAUUAGUUCGACAGGAGCCUAAAGUGGGUGACCUUUUUUUCUGGAGGGACGACAACGACAACAUCCAAAUGAAUGUUAUGACAGAAGUGGACAUUAAAAAGAAACUUGCGGAAAUAUACUUCUCUCUUCUAAUUGACCGGCAUGGGGCCAUGAGGGAUAUGACCGUGAAUAAGGGAGGUGAGGGUAAAUGCCUUGUGGAUAAAACGGAAAAGAUCGUGUCAAUGUUCAACAACGACGCUUUGGAUCUCGAUGGGUGUAAAAUUAAAGAACUGGAGCAACAAUGGGGAUGGAAAGUGAUUCCCGAGAUGUCGUACUCUUUCCACAUCUACACCGACGAUUCAUGGGUCGCUGACCAACUCAAAUCCCUCAUCCGGAGAAAGUUCGGAGUAGUUUGUGCCAAAGCUCCAUACACUGCAGAAGUAGUGUUGGCCAAACACAAGGAGAAAAUUUAUGAUCAUUUGAGACAAUUCCUUCCUCGUCUACCUCAAAUCAGAGAGGAUUAUUUUAAUAGACCUCCUCCCCCACCUCCGGACAAAUUAGAAAAUGCUCGACCACUUCCACCAUUACAAAAUAGACCCAGUUGUCAAUUGUGUGGCGUAAUGAUACGUAGCUAUUAUAAAAGUAUCAAGGACCAUAUGGAUCUGUGCCAUUACUCCGGUCCUAAUGCACUGACCUGUGAUCUAUGUUCGUGUAGUUUUGCAAUCGCCGCAAACCUACGUACUCAUCACUUCAAGCAUCACGCUGGAGCAAAACCACAAAAAAGGACUAGGUUCGGUAUCGUUGAUAUCAGUGAUGAGGACGCACAAAACUGCGAUGUCCACCUCGAUAGUAUCCCUCAGGAAGAAGGUUCAAAGAAAACCAGAUAUAGGUGUACCUGGGUCCGAGAAAAUAAGCAAGAAUGUGGACAACUGACUUCUGGGAUAAGCAAUGCUCGUGAACACGUCUGCACCCAUUUAAAACUGAGGCCGUAUACAUGCCCUAUGCCUGGAUGUACCCAUUCCGCUGGUGCUUACAAUACCGUUGUUCGGCAGUUCAAGGCUAUCCAUGAAGGACAAGAAGAACAAGAUGACGAAGAGAACGACGAGCCACAAGAUGAACCUCCCAAAAAAAAGACGAAAUGAGCAGUAAAAAAAUCGAAUAAUUGAGAAAGCUGUCACUUGACUAUAAGAACAUUGUGGACACGCCUUCCAUCGGAGCGCAUGAGAAGCCAGGAUUGACCUGUUUUUUGGCUGGGGGCUGUUUAGCAUAGUCGUAUUCUCGGGAACAGUACGGAAUGUAGUUGACGCGGUAGGUGGUGACGCCCUCCAUUUUGGCGGUGGAGGGGUCAAAGGUUGAAAAGGGUUUGAGCGACUUGACCCUGUCACCCAUGCAGCCCUUGUAGUCGAACCGAUAAGUGGAGAGGCCUUCCAUCUGGGAAAGUGAAUUAAUUAAAUCAUAUUUUUCAAUAAAAGUUGUCAAUGCAAUUUAAAUACCUUGGCACCAGAAGGUUCAAACUGGGCCUUCUUGGACCACGGUGGCUUUUGAUAACUCAACAAUGGUUUGCACGUGUAUGCCUCUCGGUAGCUGGAGAGUCCGUCCAUUCGCGCAUCCGAGGGUUCGAAAGUGCUCAAAGGUUUGAAUGACUUUGACCGAUCACCACAUUUGAGGUGAAAUUGUUCCCGAUAUGAUGACAAAGCCUCAAAGGGAAAGCUUAGCCUAAAAAUUUGAGACUUUUACCGUUCCACAAAAAUCCCUUGAGGACACUUUGGCAAAGGUGGUGGACAGCAUGGCACACGACAACAAUCUGGUCGUGCCUGAUUACAGCACCGACUCGGUUUCCGACUCGCUUUCAUACAAUCUGGCACCGGAAGACCAGAAUUGCUUCGAACGCUGCGUUGCGAUGAAGAACAAGAUGCUCGACGAGGGGCCCCUCCACCACGGCAAGACAUGUUCGACUGCUUCCGAGAACAUGGGGGUGGCUGCAUCUGGACGCGAAUGUUGACUGGACAAGCUGCCUCGCACAUGCUGAGAGAAGAUUUUUAUCAAAAUUUUACUCAGAAAAGAAUAAGGAACGACCCAGACCCGAUGGGAGCCGGGAGGUUGAUGAAUUGUUUAAAUCUGUAAAUUCAUGUAAUGUUAGGCUCUUUUUCGAACUAUGCAAAAUUUAGGUGGUGUCUUACAUGUCUAAGGUAAGAACUUGCCCUGUAUUUUGAAAACUGACCAAACCUGAGGGUUUUCGUGUUGGAUAAUAUUUUUGAUUAUACUUUCUCCAUCCACAUUUUUAUUUCAAGAUUUUACAUUCUUGUUAGAAAAUCUGCUGCCAAGGAAAAUUUAUUUCGAGCACGUAUGACUUUAUUUCCUAGACAUUAUAAACCAACAUCACCUUGAAAUCGAAUGAAAAUUGAUCAAAAUUGUAUGAAAUUCUUAUUACGACGACCAAAUCAAAAUGAUUCGGCGUGCCUGGACUCUUUGUGUAGGUUACAUGAUCACCUACUGCACGUUUUCCUCCACUUACCGAAAUAACAGCUCUGUGACCAAGUUCUUCCCGCAGGAGAAGUUUCCAUACCUCUUCAUCGGUUACCUCUUCUUUCUCUACGGCUUGACGGCAGCUUCGACCUGGAUUAUCCUACAGUUCUCCCAGCUGCUUAACUACUAUUUGGAUAAUGACAAGAAGGAGGACGAUGUUUUUGAGCAUGACGUGUGGAAGGGAUUUGAAGUGCUGUGGUGGUAUUUCGUCGGGAAUUUUUCAGUCCUAGCGUGGGCCGUUAUUGGAGAGUUUUAUGAAGGACAGCACAGGAAAAUGUUUGCUUUCGGAGUAUUUUUUGCCAUCGGAGCAGAAUACGUUGGGGGGCAGUUGCAGCCAUAAUAUUUGAAUGUGAUUUAAUUAUGUCACUAUUUUGUAAAACAAAAAUUAUGAAAUUUGUACAAUGCAUGAUGAGAAAUAGUAAAAUGGUCGCAUAAUUUAAAAUUCUUGAA